AUGCCAGCUAUAUCGCCCUAUGCUCCUCCGCGGAGGAAUCCCUUUCUAAGACAGACUUCAUCAUCAUUGUCUCGAGUUGAGUCACACCUUUUCAAACGAAAGUCGGUGGUGGCGGUGGCAUUAAUCAUGAUCGCACUGAAAUUCUGGACGGAUAGAUCUAGGCGCCAACGACUCAUCAAAUUACUUAAAAAGCAACCAAUUUUUGGAGGAUUUAUCGAUUGGAUUGAAGGAAGACUGGCUUUGAAUAAAGCUGAAAUGGGCAGUGAGGGUACCCUCGCGGAAUUUUCUCGUUCUAUCAAGGCAGAUGGCUUCGUUUCUUCACUUCAAAGGCUGCACGACAAUCAAGCCACCAUUCGCAAAGUGCUGAAUUUUUGGUUCGGUUCUGGGACACCAGAUGAAAAUCAGAAGAAAUUGUGGAUGAUUGCUUCUUCGUCUCACAAAUUGCGAUUGAAAGUGGAUCGUGAAAUUACCGAAGAUUUCGAAGCUCUUUUGGUUGAGCUUGCGGAAGGGGAAACCAGCGAUCGUUGGAGGGACUGGUGCUUUGAUACGGACGGAAUUUAUGGUAUGCAAGGAAAGAUUGCAGCGAUCGUGGUACUAGAUCAAUUUUCGAGACACAUUGAGAGAAACCACGAAACUCACAAUACACAGCCCAAAGUCCCUUUUGCAAAAUCCUUCCUCGACAGUCUCGCCCUCAAGACUGCUCAACUUUUUGUCGAUACCCAUAAGGACGAGAUUCGGUGUGGAAUGGUACCUCUUCCGAUGUACAUAUUUUCACUCAUGCCAUUUCGCCAUGCCAGUACCAUCGAAACUUUGGAAUACGUCCAGCGUUCCAUUGAGGCGAGUGCAUCAAUGCAUGAGCAAAUGCGAGACAUGUUGGGUCGCUUUCGAAAAGCCACCAAUCGACGGCUGGCUCUGUUGCAAGAUGAAGCUCGACGGACCGGAAAACUGAAUUCAUCCGAAAAUGUUUCAUGUGGAACUUUCAAAGACGAAGCUAUCCUCGAGACAUUUGCCUUUGAGACCGAAAUGGAACCGGCUAAGCAGCAUCUUUUACACAAAACGAUUGCUGCGUUUUUGGCGGGCCAAGGAAUUCAUGCCAGGGACAAUGAGCCACCAAUGGCCGUCAUUGUUUCACUCUCUGGCGGUGUUGAUAGUAUGGUAAUCGCGUCUGUGCUCUCCCAUAUGAAAAAGUCAUGCAAUUAUAGCUUGAAUGUCGUUGCAGUUCAUAUUGACUACGGAAAUAGACCCGAAGCUUCUGCGGAGGCUGACUUUGUUAGACGGUAUUGUAAAUCGCUAGACAUUGAAUUCAUAUGUCGAACUAUCCAGGAGGUAACAAGAGGUGUAACAUCCCGCGACGAGUACGAACGCAUUUCGAGAGAUAUCAGGUAUGCGACUUACAGGGAAGCGGUCGCAAAGGCAAGAUCGGACUUGCACCAAGAGGACAUGAUUGUUGGAGUCAUGCUGGGACAUCAUCGUGGUGAUUUACGGGAGAAUGUUCUGUCAAACGCGCACAAGGGGUCAGGGCCUUUGGAUCUUUCUGGAAUGACAGCUGUGUCCCAAAAUGAUGGUGUGACACUGUUGCGACCCCUGUUGUCACUGGAGAAGAGUUUUGUUUUUGAUUAUGCACAUACAUUUGGUGUUCCAUACUUCAAAGAUACGACACCACAUUGGUCAACAAGAGGAAAGCUACGAAACAAAUUGAUUCCACUUCUUCAGGAAAUAUAUGGGGACGGCAGCAUGACCAACCUUAGCAAUUUGGCUACUGAAAGCGAUGAAUGUCGUGCCCUCUUGCAUGGAUCCAUAAUGGCUCCUUUUUUGAAGAGUGUCACUCACAAACCAAUGGGUAUUAUGUUCGACACAGCUCCAUGGAAGGACCAAGGCUUCUUCUUUUGGAAGUUUGUAUUGAGAGAAGCACUGCAUAGUGCAAAACUUGGAAUGUUCUCAGACAAGAGCGUCGUUUCUUUUCUCAAACGCGUCAAAGCAAAUGUCGUCAAAGAAGGAUGGCUUCAGUGUCGGAAAGACUACGGAGUCUAUCUGCAACAGGACGGAAAAGUCUUUGCCUUUCGUUCCUCAAGCUUCCCCUGGAACAAGAAGGCCAUGUUCAAUGUUUAUGGACAAGUCGUGGAAUUUGACACAGACAAAAAGGUUGGACCUUGGGUCGUUCGAACUGAAAUCGUUAGUGACAAAGGUGAUUGCCCAGAGAAAUUUCGACUGGCCCAAAAAGCUGUGGCAUCAAUGGAAACAUUCAUGGAAGGAAAUAUUGAGUACUACAUCGAGUGCCCCACUUGGUACGUAAAUGGCAUCUUUCAGCCACGACCAUUAGUUUUCUGUGUUUUCAAGAAGGCAGAUCGUCCCAUGGCGUGGAAGAAUUUAGACCUAAAAGUCCAGUCAACUAUUCCUCUGGUUGGGAAUGAUUUAACCGCCAUCGGAGCACUCCAGAGUCCACAAACUAUUGACGGGGAGCAGAAUCCAACGCGACUCGUACGAGUCGUCAUUAGAUUAAAGAGCUAA